ACGGAAUCAUGACGUGAGUGUGUUGUUGAUGGUAGGCUGAGGGAAACAUCGGCUGGCCCAUGAGUGCGAUGGAGCGCCAACAAGGUCAGAUCAUGCAUGGAGGAGAAGACAUUGACGACGGAGGCGCCACUGGCAGGAAGAAGGCAGGCAAAGACAGCGUGGCGGACACCGACGAGGUAUUAUGCCUGGAUAGAUGAGAUGUGCCCAUCUCGCUGAAUGCCUCUGCGGGGUUGCGUUGACCGUGUCUGUCCGUGUGCAGGUGGCUGAUCUCUUCGAUAUUCAAGCUGCCAGGUCCACCGUCAGCCAACUCAAGGUACGUACCGUGAGCUAGACAACCAGACACCACCGCCCUUCGACAUGCACUCGCACUCUCUCUCUCUUGUGUAUAUGGGUGUGUGUCCAUUCAUCCCAGGCCCUCUGCGACCGCCUCUCCACCAACGCAGCACCGCCCACAGAGGCCGCCGAGAACCUGACACGACUCUCCUCGCGGCUGCUCGGCCACCACCAUGCCCUCAUCCGGGAGAUCAGGGACGUCUGGUCAUCGGGUCGGGCAGACAGAGAGGCCGUCUGCCGUGAGCGGCUGGAUGAGUGGGGCGGGGUGAUACUGGAUGGCAUGCGGUGGUGGCGCGGCGCCGCGUGGAGAGUGCCGGACAAGGCGGGGACCGAGGAGGACAGCGAAGCCAUGGAUACGGGUACAUCCAUCGAUUCGUUCAUUCAGCGAUGCAUUCAUACGUGUAUGCAGCGCUGACCUUUGUGUGUGUGUGUGUGCCGUCAGCCUUGCUGGAGGUCUGCGAGUGGCUGGAUGUCGCCACAAGUGACGCGUCGGAGCGGCAGCAGCAGCGGCAGCAGCAGCGGCAGCAGCAGCGGCAGCAGCAGCGGCUGCCGCAAUCUGUGACGUCCACCCCCACACGCUCGUCAGACGGCAUCAGGACAGGCUUCCUCACACCUACCAAAGAAGCCGCCCACCCACCAGAGGAGGAAAACGGCCCACACCCACACGCACAGCCACACGCCCCUCCCCCCUCCCCCUCCCCCUCCCUGGCCCUUCUGCGUCACGCCAGCACCACCCUCCCCCUCCCCCCGUCGCCCUCGUUAUUUCUCGUCCAUCGGUACCUGGCCAUCCUGUCGACCAACCACGGCCUUAAGUGGCGGCUUGAUAACCUGCUGGCCCUUCUCACCGACCAUGAGAAGACCACCGACCUCCAGACGAGGGUGGCGCUUUUGGUGGCCCGUCGCUUGAGUGAGGUUGGCUGUGUGCUGCGGGGCGAGGGCGAGGUGGCUGCGCCUGAAGGGUUCGCCGGUGAGACUGAGAGUCAAACAGUGCGAUGGAAGUGGGAGUCGCGUGAGGCGGUUGCAGAGGGGAAGGAAUGCCUGCAGAAGCUCCUGGUGACUGACGGACGGAGGCAGGGAGUGGCGGAGCCAACAGGAUGUAUUCCAUGAAUGCAUCUCUGUGGGGUGUGUGUGUGUGUGUGUGGUUUCAGUUACUGAUAGGUGCGUUUGUGUCGCCCCCUCCGCCAUCCGAGAGCGGUGACGACGCCCACGAGACAUCAGCAGGAGGCUCCAGCCACCACCGCUCGCCACUCUGUCCCUACCUCUGGGACGACUCAGCCAGGAAGACGGCCAAUGGUAAAAAAGAACGGAUUGAUCCGAAAGAGGAGAAGGUACACAUUACAUAUACUGGUGCAUCUCUGCAGGCCUGCUUGACACCCUUCUCUCCCACUUCACAUCAGACCAUCCAUCGGCCGACCCAUGUGCCACACCCGCCCCCUUGUCCACCCUGCUCUCCCUUUCACUCCCCUCCCUCCCAUCCCUCCUGUCGCCCUUCCUCACGAGAGGCGGCGUCCCACACCGCGGCUUCCGGCGCACCGACGACCACAGGGGCUGGCAAGACGUCAAGACAUUCGUCAAGGGCGACGAGAAGUGCGGGGGGGAGGGGGAAGGGGAGGAGGCCGACAGGGGUGUGUUCAUAGAGGGCGAGAGGGACCCGCUGUCUGGGGUGCGGCGGGUCGGCGGGUCGGUUGAUGAGGAGAUAGAGAUGUCUUACAGGGGGCUGUUCUAUGGCGGCGAGAGGGGUGCGCGGCACGCCAUGGUGGUGGCGAGGGCGGCGCACUUCGGCCUCGUCAGUGAGGCUGUCAAGGUGAGGUGGGGAGGAAAGGGGAGUUCGUGGAUGCCUUCACUCUUGACCCCUGUGUGUGUGUGUGUUGUCUGCAGUAUGAGCAAGUGAGGGGCCAUGUUGCUGAGUGGCUGGCUGUGCUGCUGAGGACAAUGGAGCUUUUCAGACGUAACCUAUAUAUGGCAGAAAUGCAGCCGCUGAUAUACAGACAGGUAAAGAAGACCGGUUGGUUCACUCACUGUUGUGUGUGUGCAGCCGACCUGCGGUACUUCGUGCUGCGGAGCCUUGGCGGCCUCGUCUCCCUCUCGUUCCCAUCAGUUGAGCGACGCAGAGAGCCCAUCCAAUCGUCGAUGCCUUCAGUCCUCCAUCCUCUGUUGUCUUGUGCAGAGCUGAGGCCGUUCACUGUGCCCAUACAAGCGGUCAGACAGCCAGGCAGCCAGGCAGCCCAGCACACACAGGGCACCCAGACGAUCCCAAUCUCCCCUUGUACCGCGUUGCAGGCGCUGAAGAACGCGGUGCCGUUUGACUCCCAUGACGACGUGUAUCUGGAGGCCUACGUUGACACCUACACACGAGUUCUGGUCAAGUGCUACCCACAGGCCAUGUCGCUCGACAUGCAGGCACAGUGAGUGAGAGACGACGGACAGGACACACAGAGAGGGAGGGAGGGAGAAAAGGAGCGAACAGAACACCACGCACGGGGCGGUUUGUGUGUAUAUACCAACCAGGGUGGCUCAGCUGCUGGAGGCCGCCCAUCGUCGCAUGCUGGCCUCAUACCCCCGGCUGGCAGUGUUCCUCGACGCGUCGCUGCCGCUCAUCGGCAAACUGGGCAAGGCGCUCGCAUUCAGUCUCAAGGUAGGUCAAGAAGACUGGUAUAUAUAUCGGUUUGUGACUGCGACGUCUGUCUGUCUGUCUGUCUGUCCGUGUGUCGGCGUGUUUCCUCUAGGAGUGGGUGACGCUUGUGUGUCACGGCCUAGAGUCCACACACCCGGCCUGCUGCAGAGCUGGUGAGUGAGUGAGUGAGCAUCAGAAGAGGGAGAGAGGGAGAGAGGGAGAGAGAGACGGACUAGACGGAUCACAUGCACUGCACGUAUCGCCCGUGUCUGUCUGUCUGUCUGUCAGCGCUUCGGUGUCUGCUGGCCAUGAUGAACACUGCCCCCAACAGGGUCGCCUACUGGUCAGCCGACAUCUUCAUGCGCCUGGUGGUCGCACACAUGACCUUCAUCGCUUCACGACACAACCACCACCCCACACACACACCACCACAGCCACAGCAGCAGCAGCGUCCAUCGCCUCUGAACCCACCGCUGCUGGACAGCGAGCGAAGGCAACUUGACGAUAUGAGGUCAGCCUGGCCACAUAAACGAUACACUGCUUGGUGAUUUUUUUGUGUGGAUGGAUGCAGGUCUGAGCUGGAGUGGUACCUGUGCGAGUGUUGGCGUCGGAUGGCCCACAUCUGCGGGCCGCACUACCAGGCGCUCACCAAGGACCUGAACGCGGGCGUGAGGAGGCUGCGGAGGGACGCACGGGCGAUCGAGGAGAGCGGGCUGGAUGAAGUCAUCACACAGCUGGUGAGGGUGCGGGUGGGUGGGUGGGUGGGGAGGCAGCAGACUGAUGCCACGGCUUGUGUGGUGUUUGUGUGUGCAGGAGGGCCUCGGGAGGCGGGUGGUGGCACUGCAACACGACCUGGACUGAACGCGUUAAGGAGGGGCUGCCUAUGUCUGUCUCUCUGUCUGUCUGUCUGUCUGUCUGUCUCCCCCAAACAAACAUCGACUCCUGUCAGUCAGACAAGAGACGGCUGUGUAUAUGUAUGCUGUGCUGCACAUCACAUGUAUGUAUGUGAUUUGGUGUGUGUGACCGACCAAGAUAGCGGUGUAUGUGUUGGUGUCUGGCUGUCCCGCCGAGAAAUGCGAGACAUGGUUCCGACAUGAGUGGCCGCUUAUGCUGGGACUAUGAUUUGCCCUUCUUGGCGAGGCAGCCAGGCAGAGACACAUGAGACAGCUACCCGAAGCCGUGAUGUAUGUGGCUCGAUGUAGGAUUGAUCUGCUCGUCCAUCACAUCGGCAAUACCUCCAUCCAUCCGUCUAUGUAGACACACGUACGUACCGUCCACCCAUGGUCGACAGCGUCAGGUCCUGACUGCAAUGACCCUGGAGUACUCC